CAUGAGGAAGAGGAGCGGCGCAUGAUACUAUCUUGGCUGUCGCCACUUUCCUAUGAAGCCAGACAGCAACAGCUGCUCGACCGCCAUCAAGCAGGCACUGGAAGCUGGCUCCUUGAGCACGAGAAGUUUCAGAGAUGGAGGACUACCAAGGGAUCCGUCUUAUGGUGCUCCGGCAUUCCCGGCGCCGGCAAGACAUUUAUGGCCUGCGUUGUGAUCAACGCUCUUCGGGAACCCGAUAACUCUCUAAGCACCCAACCUGUGGCUUUCAUCUAUGCCGACCACAAAGAACGCCUCCAGCAAGGUCUAACAAAUCUCCUCUCUUCGAUAAUACGCCAAUUGGCAUGGCAAAAUGCCGCGAUCCUGGACGUUAUAGUUCCGAAGUACAGGGAGCACACGUCACCCGCUUCGCCCGCCAGUCCUUCUCCGCUAACUCUCGCGGAGUACCGAGAAAUUCUGCAAGAUAUUCCGAAAUGUGCGAAUAGAGUGUUCAUUGUCAUCGACGCUCUCGAUGAGAUCCCCGAUGCUGAAGAAGAGGGUAUCGAUUGCCGGUUUGAAUUGCUAGACACACUGGCGCAGCUAGAUUGUGCUUCGCUUUUCUGCACAUCGCGACCCCAUAUCAACGGGUCGCUGUACUUCACAAGCUUCUCCGAAGUAGUUAUCGAGGCGACAGAUGCCGAUCUACGCGCCUUCCUAGAGGCAAAAUUAAACCGUUCGAGGAGACUCAGCGGCUUUCUGUCAAAAGAUAAACCACUUGGAGAUGAGAUUGUUCAGACUAUCACAAGAAAAGCCUCCGGGAUGUUCUUGCUCGCUCGACUUCAGAUAGAGCAGAUCAUGACUGCUCUAUCGAUUCGGCAGGUCCGGUCUAUCCUCGAUAAACUAUCUAGCCGGCUUUCCGACAUGUACGAAAUGACGAUCGAAAGAAUACAGAGUCAGUCCGAUGUUGAGGCCGCGUUGGGGAUGCGCGCUGUAUCGUGGGUCGCCAGCAUAAAACGGCCACUAAGCGUCUCUGAAUUUAUCCACGCCAUGUCUGUAGAGGAAAAUGAUCGGUCGUUGCCUGACAGCAGUCUAAUGGACAUACACGCUAUACUAGGAGCUAGUGGGGGCCUUUUACAA